AUGCAGUGCUCGCCAUACGGCACGUUCCGCGGUCCGCUCGACUGCCUGCUGCGCGUGCUUCGCAAUGAGGGCCUCUUUGGCCUCUACAAGGGCGCCGCGCUGCCGCUGCUGAGCUGGAGUGCCAGCGAUGCUCUUUUGAUGGGCAGCCUGCAUCAGUACCGCAUCGCCCUCUCGCGCGCGACGGAGACGGGCGAGGGGACCGGGAAGCGCCUGCCUACGUGGGGUCAUGCGCUCGCCGGCCUUGGCGCGGGCUCCACCAAUUCGAUCAUCACCGCUCCGGUCGAGCUCAUCAAGGCCAAGCUGCAGAUGCAGCAAGCCAGCCGCGUGAGCCUCCUCGGCUCGAGCUCGUCUGACAAGUCUGCGACUGUCGAGUUCAGCGGGCCGCGCGACUGCGCCAGACAAAUCGUCGCCAAGGACGGCGUCCGGGCGCUCUGGCGGGUGCUGCCGGCCACGCUCCUCUUCCGCGCAAACUUUGCAGUCAUGUUCUCCUCCUACGACGCACUCCAGUCGUACUUUGCGUCGCUGCGGGGCACGAGCUGGGAGCUCUCGUCCGGCGCAGCCACGUUCCUCUCCGGCGGCCUGGCGGCAGAGGCCUUCUGGCUCACGGCGUUCCCGUUCGACGUCGUGAAGAACCGCAUGAUGGCCGACUCGCUGCACAGCCCCAAGUACCCGACGAUGAAGUCGGCCUUCCUCAGUGUCUGGGACCAUCACGGCAAGGACGCGAGCCUCGCACGGCGCAUCCGGACCUACUACACGGGCUUCACGCCAUGCCUGCUGCGCGCCUUCCCAACGAAUGCCCUGGCGCUGCUGGCGUUCGAGGCGACGAUGAAGCUCAUGGGUGCGGAGAAGACGACGACCCAGUAG